UUCCUAUGUCUAUGCGUUAAAAUUCAUGGUAAUCUGUGGUAAAUCAAGUGUUAACUUUAACCUAAUUUUUAAGUGGAUGAAUGAAGUAAACAGAUAUCUUGAAGAUUAAAUGGCAGAUAACAGAAAUAACCAAAAUAUAAGAUCGGAAGCUGUGUGUAAAAUAUUCAGAUUCACCACAUUGUGUUUGUUUAUACUUAAUCUAUAAAAAAAUGGAACAAGCUUCUUCCUUGUCUUCACCGAACAAUACAGUUUCCAGCCAAAAAUCAUUACCAUCUUCACAUGAUUCUGGAUGGAAUGAUCCACCAGAAUGGGCGUUAUCAUCUCAGCAUAGUUCUUCUGGGAUACCUACAAAGAGAGUCUUAAACAAACGAGUGGCAUUUCCAUUAUCUUCACAGACUUCUUCAGAAAAAGCUAAUCCAUCUUCUUCAUCAAACAUGCCCCCUAUUAUACAGUCUUCCACAAUAACCACAGCUCCUCAUAAACCUCUUGUGACUCCUAUUGAUAAAGAUUUUAUAGCAACAACAUCAAUGUUAAAUUUUGAUAAAGAUCAGGCUUUGACGGAAGUUUUAACCAAUUUAGAAUGUGUGAUGAAAGAACACAAAAUUGAAAGUAGCAAGGUAGAGGAGAUACAAAGAAGAUUAGAUAUCAUGAAGUCGGAUUGGCAAGAAAACAGAUUGAAGGAUGUGAUACAAAGCAAUAUUUUGGAUAUAUCAAAAGCACUGCUAAGGAAAGAUGUCGAGCAGGCUGAUAAAAUUCACAUCGCUCUUAUGAUGCAGCAUGCCACCAUUUGUCGUACCUGGAUACCAGCCAUUAGACACAUUAUUUUCGAAUUAAAAAACGGAUGUGAGAAUCUCAACAUUUUGCAAGCAGAACCAUUGCCUUUAUUAUCCGUUGAAUCGAAGGAAAAAUGAAUUUAUCAAUAAAUAAGCAUAUAGUGUAAAGUGAAAUGUAAUAAUAAGGUCAUUUACUUGUAUUUUAGCUUUUUAACAUAUACGUGAUAUUUUUGUAAUAAGUAUGUUAAAUAAUGUCUUAGAUGCAAUAUUGUAUAACGAUUUAUUAUUUAUUACAGAAAGUUAUGAGAUGAAUAAACUAAAAAUGAAAAUAAG